GUCUUGGAAGAACGGACAGCGGUUUGAUGGACUGUCAGAGGAGUCGGUGGCUACAUUUGUCCGAAUAACGCUUCAUCACCAUACGGGGGCGCCUCAUUCCACAAAGCAGCAGAUGGAAAGCAUUUAUUAGAACAAGUCUGGCAGGAAAGAACAAAGUGAUGGACAGACGGUUCCUGUGAAGUGGACGCUGGUGCCGGCCGACAACAGCUACGGUACUGGACCAUCGAGUUGGCGCUGUGGGGCUUCCAGCCACCUUAAACAAAUAACUAGGGGUGUGCCAAAAAUUUCGAUUCACAUCUUACGUUACAUUAUACUAUAUUAUAUUUAAGGGGGACAACUGAGAGAAAAUGACCCAAGAAGCUGCACCAAAUCUUUCAGAGUAUGAUGCAGGUGUUUUGGAAAGUUGUGCUCGUACCAGUGAAAGCUGUUGUAUUGUGAGCUGAAUAUUGCAUCAUGAGAUGAGUGUGUCGCUCCAACCCUCGUCGCCUGGUUGCUCACCUUUGACUGGAACGUCCAUAUCAGUGAUGUAGUCCACCAGCUGACAUGGUGCGCUGCCAACUCGCUCCUUCAGCUGGUCCAUGGUGAGGAACAAGUCCACCUCCUCCACCGUGGCCUCCCUUCUCACUGUGAGGAUACCAGGAUAGCAGGAAUGAAGCAGCUCUCUGGACUAACUGGACCGAGUUUUGCUCGCACCUGGUUUCCGGACAACCCUGUAAAUGAUGAAACCCAGAAGGACGGUGACGAGACUGAACAUGAGACAUCCUGAGAUGGACAGAAGGACUCGUCUCUUCAGAACUGGAGGUUGGAAACAGAGGGUGUUCUUCAUGGUUUCCCACAGAAAAUCAGUCAACAUGUUCACCUUUCCAACCAAGUCACAUCUUUUGACUUGUUCCAAACCUUUCUGACUAGUUCACUUCAAACAUCAAGGCAUGAGCUCUGGUCUCACUGCUCCGUGCUACUCCCUGAGCACCAGUCUGCUCACUCAAGUUCCCGAUGUCGGACACUCACGGAGGUUCUUGGUCUUAAAGGGCUCGCUCUUCAGGGAUUGGCUUGGUCUCUGGUUGCUCCGCUGGCCCUUGCACUUGUACUCUCCCUGGUCCGGGUCAUUUUGUGGAGUGACAGUGUGUUGGCUGGAAUGUUGCUGGAUUUCCUCCGCCCCUCUGUACCUGCAGUGUUCAGAGUGGACCUGCAGUCAUUCAGCAGGCUGAAAUCUUACUUCUUCAGACUGCAGUUCUUGGACUGUAAACAGUGUACAUGAUGUUUCGGCUGAUACGAGUACAUGUAUUUUGCCAAAGACGCACCAGGUGUAGUUCCAGUCCUUCUGAUCCUCCUGAACCUCGCACCGCAGCUCCAGACUGUCAGUGGAGAAUACCUCAGACCAUUUGGUUGACAGGGUGAUGACCGCGCGUGGAAGUUCUGCACAGACAAGCAGACCAGUGAGCUCUGGUCACAGCCAACACCACCGAGUCUUGGCCUUUCUUCCAAACACACACAACACAGUAGCAUUUAUGAAAGUUCAUGUUGCAAAACUUGAAAAACCUCUAGUCACCUAUAGCAACACCCGAAAAAAAAAAACUCACUGUGAACCGCGAUAGUGAUGUUGCCGUUGGUGCUUGUUUCCACCGUCCUCCCGGGCAGCUGGGCCUGACACUGGUAUGUUCCCGCGUGAGAAACCGAGGCAGAGCCGAUGGAGAGAGUGGAUCUGUCAGAGUUGAAGCUGAGGGAGCCGUCUGCCCGAAGAGGUCUUUGGUCUCGAAACCACGAGAAGGUCCAGCCAACGCCGCUGUCCACACUGCAGCUCAUGUCCACGCGCUCCUCAGGAAACACGUCCUGCCAGCGGGUCACCAGAGUCGCAGUGGGAGUGGGAACAUCUGAGGAGAAGCUCUUCAGUUAGUGUCUGAACCAAAAGAGAGCACCAAGUGCCCUGGACUCUUGAGCUGAAGGAGGAUCUGAGCCAGCUCCUGAUCCAAUUGAGAGGCACAGCAACUGCAGUCUAAGUGAGCAGACCCAGUGGUCGCCGAUGCACCUGGCUGAGGAGCUGUACCACCUGUAUCUGAAGGAGAUGUUGCUAAAGCUCGACUGGAACCUCACCGUCUACUGUCAGCUGGAGUCUGGAAUGUGGUUCAGCGAGGAAGACCUGGCCUCCUCCCCGUUGUACCCCACAGCUGUAAGGUCCCGUGUCUCCAGGUUUCAGGCCUGGGAUGUGUAGGCUGCUGGAGUUUUGGUCCAGCCUCCUGUUGGCAUGGAACCAGAGGUAUGUCCAUCUACUGGGGAUGUUCACAUGACAGCUGAGGGUCAGCAGCUCUCCUGAGAACAUCUGCCGGUGGUCCGGCUGCUUGGUCAUGCUGACUGUGGGCAGCGACUCUGGAAGACACAGAUGUCACUCUCUGACCCGCUGAAGUUCAGAGGUGUUGACUCACUGUGAAGCAUGAGAACGAUGGUGCCGCUGGUGCUUGUUUCCACCGUCCUCCCGGGCAGCUGGGCCUGACACUGGUAUGUUCCCGCGUGAGAAACCGAGGCAGAGCCGAUGGAGAGAGUGGAUCUGUCAGAGUUGAAGCUGAGGGAGCCGUCUGCCCGAAGAGGUCUUUGGUCUCGAAACCACGAGAAGGUCCAGCCAACGCCGCUGUCCACACUGCAGCUCAUGUCCACGCGCUCCUCAGGAAACACGUCCUGCCAGCGGGUCACCAGAGUCGCAGUGGGAGUGGGAACAUCUGAGGAGAAGCUCUUCAGUUAGUGUCUGAACCAAAAGAGAGCACCAAGUGCCCUGGACUCUUGAGCUGAAGGAGGAUCUGAGCCAGCUCCUGAUCCAAUUGAGAGGCACAGCAACUGCAGUCUAAGUGAGCAGACCCAGUGGUCGCCGAUGCACCUGGCUGAGGAGCUGUACCACCUGUAUCUGAAGGAGAUGUUGCUAAAGCUCGACUGGAACCUCACCGUCUACUGUCAGCUGGAGUCUGGAAUGUGGUUCAGCGAGGAAGACCUGGCCUCCUCCCCGUUGUACCCCACAGCUGUAAGGUCCCGUGUCUCCAGGUUUCAGGCCUGGGAUGUGUAGGCUGCUGGAGUUUUGGUCCAGCCUCCUGUUGGCAUGGAACCAGAGGUAUGUCCAUCUACUGGGGAUGUUCACAUGACAGCUGAGGGUCAGCAGCUCUCCUGAGAACAUCUGCCGGUGGUCCGGCUGCUUGGUCAUGCUGACUGUGGGCAGCGACUCUGGAAGACACAGAUGUCACUCUCUGACCCGCUGAAGUUCAGAGGUGUUGACUCACUGUGAAGCAUGAGAACGAUGGUGCCGCUGGUGCUUGUUUCCACCGUCCUCCCGGGCAGCUGGGCCUGACACUGGUAUGUUCCCGCGUGAGAAACCGAGGCAGAGCCGAUGGAGAGAGUGGAUCUGUCAGAGUUGAAGCUGAGGGAGCCGUCUGCCCGAAGAGGUCUUUGGUCUUGAAACCACGAGAAGGUCCAGCCGACGCCGCUGUCCACACUGCAGCUCAUGUCCACGCGCUCCUCAGGAAACACGUCCUGCCAGUGGGUCACCAGAGUCGCAGUGGGAGUGGGAACAUCUGAGGAGAAGCUCUUCAGUUAGUGUCUGAACCAAAUGAGAAGGCGAGUGCCCUGGACUCUUGAGCUGAAGGAGGAUCUGAGCCAGCUCCUGAUCCAAUUGAGAGGCACAGCAACUGCAGUCUAAGUGAGCAGACCCAGUGGUCGCCGAUGCACCUGGCUGAGGAGCUGUACCGCCUGUAUCUGAAGGAGAUGUUGCUAAAGCUCGACUGGAACCUCACCGUCCACUGUCAGCUGGAGUCUGGAAUGUGGUUCAGCGAGGAAGACCUGGCCUCCUCCCCGUUGUACCCCACAGCUGUAAGGUCCCGUGUCUCCAGGUUUCAGGGCUGGGAUGUGUAGGCUGCUGGAGUUUUGGUCCAGCCUCCUGUUGUCAUGGAACCAGAGGUAUGUCCAUCUACUGGGGAUGUUCACAUGACAGCUGAGGGUCAGCAGCUCUCCUGAGAACAUCUGCCGGUGGUCCGGCUGCUUGGUCAUGCUGACUGUGGGCAGCGACUCUGGAAGAAACAGAUGUCACUUGGUGACCCGCUGAAGUUCAGAGGUGUUGACUCACUGUGAACCGCGAGAACGAUGGUGCCGCUGGUGCUUGUUUCCACCGUCCUCCCGGGCAGCUGGGCCUGACACUGGUAUGUUCCCGCGUGAGAAACCAAGGCAGAGCCAAUGGAGAGAGUGGAUCUGUCGGAGUUGAAGCUGAGGGAGCCGUCUGCCCGAAGAGGUCUUUGGUCUCGAAACCACGAGAAGGUCCAGCCGACGCCGCUGUCCACACUGCAGCUCAUGUCCACGCGCUCCUCAGGAAACACGUGCUGCCAGUGGGUCACCAGAGUCGCAGUGGGAGUGGGAACAUCUGAGGAGAAGCUCUUCAGUUAGUGUCUGAACCAAAUGAGAAGGCGAGUGCCCUGGACUCUUGAGCUGAAGGAGGAUCUGAGCCAGCUCCUGAUCCAAUUGAGAGGCACAGCAACUGCAGUCUAAGUGAGCAGACCCAGUGGUCGCCGAUGCACCUGGCUGAGGAGCUGUACCACCUGUAUCUGAAGGAGAUGUUGCUAAAGCUCGACUGGAACCUCACCGUCCACUGUCAGCUGGAGUCUGGAAUGUGGUUCAGCGAGGAAGACCUGGCCUCCUCCCCGUUGUACCCCACAGCUGUAAGGUCCCGUGUCUCCAGGUUUCAGGCCUGGGAUGUGUAGGCUGCUGGAGUUUUGGUCCAGCCUCCUGUUGUCAUGGAACCAGAGGUAUGUCCAUCUACUGGGGAUGUUCACAUGACAGCUGAGGGUCAGCAGCUCUCCUGAGAACAUCUGCCGGUGGUCCGGCUGCUUGGUCAUGCUGACUGUGGGCAGCGACUCUGGAAGAAACAGAUGUCACUCUGUGACCCGCUGAAGUUCAGAGGUGUCUGACUCACUGUGAACCGCGAUAGCGAUGUUGCCACUGGUGCUUGUUUCCACCGUCCUCCCGGGCAGCUGGGCCUGACACUGGUAUGUUCCCGCGUGAGAAACCGAGGCAGAGCCGAUGGAGAGAGUGGAUCUGUCAGAGUUGAAGCUGAGGGAGCCGUCUGCCCGAAGAGGUCUUUGGUCUUGAAACCACGAGAAGGUCCAGCCGACGCCGCUGUCCACACUGCAGCUCAUGUCCACGCGCUCCUCAGGAAACACGUGCUGCCAGUGGGUCACCAGAGUCGCAGUGGGAGUGGGAACAUCUGAGGAGAAGCUCUUCAGUUAGUGUCUGAACCAAGUGCUUGUUGUCUACAUUGUGUCAAACCACAACUUCCUGUUUCAAUAGAAACACAGAAAAUGCAGAGUUCUGCUCUUCUCUUCAUCUUUUGCCUCACUUGUUUAAACCUGGAUGAGCAGACUUCUGUGCACUGUGGAUGGAGAAAAUGAACCGAUGACUCAGCCUGUAGUGAGCGCUCUUUGAGCUCCUCACACUGAGGUUUGGAUGGCGGAGUCUGAGAGGUAAAGGUGGGGAAUGUGACUACUGGAGUUGUUCAGCUGCCUUUUAAUCCAGCCAACUGACAGAGAAACUACUGAUGUGUCCCACACGGUCAGGAUGUACGCUGUCACAACAACGUGGAGACAUGGAGAUAACAUGGAGAGAGAUGGAUCUCGCGGUCAGCCAUGUUUGUUUACCUGGUCCCUGUACAGUUGAACAUUUAUGAAUGAAUCGCAAGCCUUGGCGGCCACGUUUGUGGGCGAAUGUGAGCGUCUGGCGUCGCACUUGACUGCAUCUCACCAAGGAAGGAGGCAAUAUGAAGUGCCGUGGACCAGACACUCACCGUGGACUCUGAUCUGCAGCAGGUUGCUCUUUUGGACUCCUCUGUCUGAUCCGUCACUGACCGUGCAGGAAUAGUUUCCGGAAUAGUACCGAGCUGCUUUCACGCUCAUCUUGGAUUGCUCUGUUAAAGUCACCAUUGGGUCAGAACCAAGAAGCUCAUUUCCAUCUCUGUACCAGCGGAAGGUCCAGUCUGCGCUGAGGGUCCAAUUGGAGGCGUUGACUCUGCAGUGAAACUGCAGGAUCUCGUUGCUGAAGAAGUCUUGCCAUGUUGGCAGCAGCACCAGCUCCAGCUCACCUGCAGAAGAACCAGUUAUUGAGGCUUGGACCGCUCAAGUGGACGGCUGUUACGGGUCAUUGAAAGAGAGAUUAACAAGAGAAUGAGCGAGGUGUGCAGUCAGAUCGGGAGUGGUCUGAAGACACUUUAGCGGGACACAGAAGCUGAAGUGAAUGGAGUCUCCAGCUUCAAAAGCCUGGGCUUCCUGCUGCUUCUGUCUGUCUGUUUGAGGGUUAAGAAACACUUGACACCAGAGAAAAGAAGUUUCCUCACCGCUGGGAAGUUGCUGACAUCGACAGACGGCUGAGAAACCUGCCAAACAAGGGAAAGUGUGAGCCCGCUUCUUCACGCUGGGAACAGAGUCGGAGCUACUUACACACAAGAACAAUGAAGAGAGGGAACAUGUUCCUUUGGCUGCAGGUGGAGGACGAGAGGAUGUGGUGAUGAGGAAGCAACUGACUUCGCAGCAGAGUCGCUGCCACAACAGGAAACGUGUCGGGCGACCGCACGCAGAGAUGUGCAGCACUUCCACUGCACGCCCUGUGACAGCUCGCACAUGCUUCUGGGCCGCUGUGUUGCUGCUGCCGCCGCCGCCGUGUGGGUCCGCCCUGUUCAGACUGACUAAAAACAAGUCACUUCCUGAACAUGCUCAUGUUCUCAGUGCACUUCCUCUUGUCCUCAGCACGUGUGCCACUGGCGUCUGGUCCAUUACCGUCCGUCCGUCCGUCCGUCCCUAGUGCAGUUUCGGCACCGCUGACUGCCCUCUGAUGACCUGCACAACUGCAUCUUCCACAUGAGAUGAUUCUGGAGAAGAGUGUUUUUACCACUCGUUUCUGAUGGUGAAACUCACUCAGCUCACUAUCUUGGAAGCCUGGCACCUGGCCACGAACACACAACACAAGCAAGACCUGUCUCGCUUUACAUCCUUUGUCCUCUGCUCAGUGAGUUUCACCGAACCUCGUGUCGCCGCUCACCCUGACACCCUGCCCAACACACCACGGUCUCUGACUCCUGGCGAGGCAGGUGAACAGGUGAGCGGGGGGGUGGGGCCACACGCUGUCCGACCUCGGGACAGUCUCGAUCACUCUGCUGACAGGACUGCUACCCGGAGGUUGGUGUGAAAUGCAGCGAGUGCGUCACGUCUCCCGAGGGAGUAGGGUUGAAUGUUGUCGUGUUCCGCAGUCGUACGUCCCGGCCGUGUUGGAGAACUACUCUGCCGCUCUGGAGCUGGAGGAGCAGCGAGUGGAGCUGAGCCUGUGGGACACCUCCGGUGGGUGGCCUGGUCCCGCCAGGGUGUGGAAGAGGUGCUCACCUGCCCGGGGGCAUGCUGACGUCAGAGAGGUGUCGCUGGCUGUGUUUCGAUGGAGCUUUGAUGGCCACACUUGCACGAGCAGACCAAGUGCUGGGCUUCAUCCCUCUCUGGUGGGACAACCAGACCAGCUGCCCAGAAGACCGGGUCGUCCUUCCCCCUCCCCACAAGUGCAACCUCGUGAAUGGUGACCCACUUCUGCCUCAGUGCUGGAGUGAGCCGUGUGCGAGUGGGUCAUGGUAUGUCUGUAUUUUGCCGACCGACCACGACCAUGGACCUCGUGAUGUCGGUCUCUGGCUCCUCGCAACCUGUGGUGAUGCAUCCUGUCAUGUGACUGGCACGCACCCAGAACAGUGGGCCAAACUGUUGUUGGUCUCGGCUGUUGACAAAUGUCAGACAGUGUUGUGAGUCCAUAUCAUUUUUGGGGUCUGUAAAAUGAGUGGAUUGAUCUUUGGCACUGCAAGAACUAUGAAGGAAUGGUGUAUCUAUACGUGGCACAGGUUGUCCACAGUUCCAGUCAGCGGUGCCGGUUUCUGUGUCCUGUAACGGUAGGUCAGGCUUGAGAUUGAGGACCGACUUGGAUCUUCUUGAGUCUGCAUGUCACGCUCAGCCGACUCGUCAUGUGACUAGAGACACCCAUAAGGUGAUGGGCUCUGUCGUCCUACCUUCAUACCGACCUCCACCAUAUGUGUGCGUGUUUCGAGAGAGCUGCUGCAGAACUCCUGUUCUUCUUCCCUCUCCAAGGUUCUCCCUACUACGACAACGUACGGCCGCUGUGCUACAGCGACUCUGACGCCGUCCUGCUGUGCUUCGACAUCAGUCGCCCAGACCUGUUGGACAGCAUCCUGAAAAAGUGGAAAAGUGAGAUUCUGGACUUUUGCCCAACAACUCGCGUCCUCCUGAUUGGCUGCAAGACGGACCUGCGCACAGACGUGUGCACGUUGACGGAAUUGUCCAGUCAGAGGCUGGGCCCUGUCUCGUAUGAACAGGGUGCAGCGCUGGCCCAGCAGUUGGGGGCAGAGGCGUACCUGGAGUGUUCCACCUUCGCCUCAGAGAAGAGCAUCCACAGUGUGUUCCGAGCGGCAGCGUCAACCUUCCUGAACAAGCCCGCACAGAGGGCUGACUUCCUGCACACGCCCAGUAGGUCCAAUCUAAACUGCUCCUCUUUCAAGAGGAAGACUAAGACCAAGAGCUGCUCCGUCAUGUGACCUCGCAACAGUCCCAUUAAUAAGAGCACCCUCAACAGCUUCCCCACGCCUGGUCGUCCGGUGAACCACUGCCUUCCUCACCUAUGGACAGGUGAGACCUGUGGUCCGUACUGUCCCAUAUAGAGCAGGGGUGGCCAACCCGUGGCUCCCGAGCCACAUGCGGCUCUUUUCCCAGUCUCAUGCGGCUCUUCACCAAACCUUGUCAUUCCCUAAACUAAACGCAUGGCAUGUGUUUCACCUGUUAUUCAUUGUCCUUACAUAUUUGUGGGAUGUGGCUCUUUCCAGCAACAAAGUAAAACAAUGUGGCUCUUAGCCCCUGACUGGUUGGCCACCCCUGAUAUAGACGGUGAGCUUCACAACCAAGAGCAGACGAAGCAAAGGUCUGCCUUCUAUUGAGUGAGGUUUCUCGAUCUUGUGUCCCUGAACUGGACUAUUGAAGCUCUCUGACCUGGUUUCACCUGAGAAGAACCUGGGUCCAGAGGGCCGACCAGAGCCGUGGGGUUCAUCGAGCCGCAGCCCGGACCAAACUCUGUUCUGGAGCGUUUGGCUCAGACUCCUGCAUGGCUUGAAUAUUUCGUCUGAUGUAUUUGGCACUAUUUUUUUUCCUCAAUAAAUUGCUGGUCCUGGACCAGAACCCAGUUUUCAUCCACAUCUCUGUGGUGGCUGACCGGCGGGACCCUGGAGGGCUCGCUUCACUAAAGUUCUGUGUCUAGUUCUCGGGCUUCUCGAUGUGACCCGAAUUCCCUUUAAUCUUAAGGAGGCAGGGCUUCCGGCCUUCUGCGUCCCAGUUAACAAGGACAACAUCUGGAAAAGGAGGUGGCGUGAUAGACUCAUUGUCCUCUCCACUCAGCCGCAGCCUGGGGCCCUAGGACACUUUUCACAGGCCAAUAGAGCUUAAAAGACUGACCCUGCCACUUGGCGGGUUGUGGGCCAUUUGCAGUCUUUUUGACAACUGGGUAAAAGGCGGCUGGUUAUGAUCUGGUGACUGCAGAUCCAGUGCUCCUCAUGUGACCAGCCACUGGUCAGGGAAGAACCCCGGUGCGCCUGUAGUGUGAAGGCCGUAGGUUUGAUUUCAACUCACCAGCAGUGAACCUGGAUCCUCCCUGCUGCGCUCUCUCUCUCUGUUUGUUGAACAUGUUUCAUGCAACUGUUUUCUCUUGGCGCUGUCUUCGCCCCGCCCUCAGCGGGACGCCCUCCAUUCAUGCCGACUGCCUUGGAGAGGAGGCGGCGUCACCACACCACUGCUCGGUAACUAGCUCCAUCAAACGUUUCUACCUCUUCUGUGUGACAGAAAUUCACUCGUUUCCCCUAUCAUCAUAGAUAUGAAGCUGUUGGGGUGAGUACGUCUCAUUUUCAGUCUUUUUGCUCAGUAAGAUGUGUCCUAAUGAAGUGCCUUCAUGUCAGACAUGGGCCAUAUGCCGCCCCAUGCCUGUAUUUUGAGGUCGGACUAAAACUAUGUCGGAAUUUUUAUGCCUUUUUUGCGUCUUGCUCUUUUAGUCAGCACCACCACUUCAGCAGUGAAUAUAGCGUGUUCUUGUUUUAAGACAUUUUUCUUGGUUUUCUUGCCCAUUUUGUGUGUUUUGCUUGUUCCUCAAAAUACAUUGACGGAAUAUUGAAAAUAUACUUUGAAAUAAAUUGCCUUUAUCUUGAACGUCUCGUCCAUGGUUAUGUUGAUUCAUAUUCAAA